AUGGCGGACUCCGACAAUGCUUCUGGUGGUCCACACGGCGGCGGAUCUAGCACUCACGACAGCGAGAUGUCACCGAGCGAGAAAGGCAAGUUCUUUCCGAUAGCGAAUGUAAGCAGGAUCAUGAAGAAGGCACUUCCAUCGAAAGCGAAGAUCUCCAAGGACGCAAAAAGAAACGGUUCAAGAGUGCGUUUCAGAGUUCAUCAGCUUCGUCACCGACGAAGCCUCCGACAAGUGCCAACGCGAGAAGCGGAAGACGAUCAACAACGACGAUUUGCCUUGGGCUAUGACAACGGUUUGGGUUGUUGGUGGUCGGGGGUGUGUAACGGUUUCCAGGUGGGUUCACCGGCGGAUGUUUGA